CGUCAAGGGGCUAGCCAAAAAUCCCAAGAGAAAACGGGUUGGACAGAAACCAUAUUUACAUGAACAUGCCUAUAGUUUAAACUGUUGCAUAUACUACUAGAGCGACACUCUUGCCUCUGGCCACGUGGUCCCACACAGCAUGGCCACCUUUAGCUUCCGGAGCACCGGUUCCGUGUGACGUCAACUUGACGGAAUCCUAGGUAGGAGGAUUGGGAUAGGCGAGGGCAGUUCCGGCCCAGGGGCGGGGAUUAUGUAAUUUUCCCAAAAGCCCCACCUCGCCUCAGCCGGGCGGGGGAGAGGGAGGUCUCGCGCUUUCCCCGGGGUUACGUCCCGCCCCGCAGGCUGUGCGCAGGCGCUGACGAGCCGCUCGCAUUCUACGUAACGGACGGCGGAGGCUACGUGAAGAGAGGUGCGGCGUGACUGAGCUACGGUUCUGGCUGCGUCCUAGAGGCAUCCAGGGCAGUAAAACCGCUGCGAUCGCGGAGGCGGCGGCCAGGCCGAGAGGCAGGCGGGGCAGGGGUGUCGGACGCAGGGCGCUGGGCCGGGUUUCGGCUUCGGCCACAGCUUUUUUUCUCAAGGUGCAAUGAAAGCCUUCCACACUUUCUGUGUUGUCCUUCUGGUGUUUGGGAGUGUCUCUGAAGCCAAGUUUGAUGAUUUUGAGGAUGAAGAGGACAUAGUAGAGUAUGAUGAUAAUGACUUCGCUGAAUUUGAGGAUGUCAUGGAAGACUCUGUUACUGAAUCUCCUCAACGGGUCAUAAUCACUGAAGAUGAUGAAGAUGAGACCACUGUGGAGUUGGAAGGGCAGGAUGAAAACCAAGAAGGAGAUUUUGAAGAUGCAGAUACCCAGGAGGGAGAUACUGAGAGUGAACCAUAUGAUGAUGAAGAAUUUGAAGGUUAUGAAGACAAACCAGAUACUUCUUCUAGCAAAAAUAAAGACCCAAUAACGAUUGUUGAUGUUCCUGCACACCUCCAGAACAGCUGGGAGAGUUAUUAUCUAGAAAUUUUGAUGGUGACUGGUCUGCUUGCUUAUAUCAUGAAUUACAUCAUUGGGAAGAAUAAAAACAGUCGCCUUGCACAGGCCUGGUUUAACACUCAUAGGGAGCUUUUGGAGAGCAACUUUACUUUAGUGGGGGAUGAUGGAACUAACAAAGAAGCCACAAGCACAGGAAAGUUGAACCAGGAGAAUGAGCACAUCUAUAACCUGUGGUGUUCUGGUCGAGUGUGCUGUGAGGGCAUGCUUAUCCAGCUGAGGUUCCUCAAGAGACAAGACUUACUGAAUGUCCUGGCCCGGAUGAUGAGGCCAGUGAGUGAUCAAGUGCAAAUAAAAGUAACCAUGAAUGAUGAAGACAUGGAUACCUACGUAUUUGCUGUUGGCACACGGAAAGCCUUGGUGCGACUACAGAAAGAGAUGCAGGAUUUGAGUGAGUUUUGUAGUGAUAAACCUAAGUCUGGAGCAAAGUAUGGACUGCCGGACUCUUUGGCCAUCCUGUCAGAGAUGGGAGAAGUCACAGACGGAAUGAUGGAUACAAAGAUGGUUCACUUUCUUACACACUAUGCUGACAAGAUUGAAUCUGUUCAUUUUUCAGACCAGUUCUCUGGUCCAAAAAUUAUGCAAGAGGAAGGUCAGCCUUUAAAGCUACCUGACACUAAGAGGACACUGUUGUUUACAUUUAAUGUGCCUGGCUCAGGUAACACUUACCCAAAGGAUAUGGAGGCACUGCUACCCCUGAUGAACAUGGUGAUUUAUUCUAUUGAUAAAGCCAAAAAGUUCCGACUCAACAGAGAAGGCAAACAAAAAGCAGAUAAGAACCGUGCCCGAGUAGAAGAGAACUUCUUGAAACUGACACAUGUGCAAAGACAGGAAGCAGCACAGUCUCGGCGGGAGGAGAAAAAAAGAGCAGAGAAGGAGCGAAUCAUGAAUGAGGAAGAUCCUGAGAAACAGCGCAGGCUGGAGGAGGCUGCAUUGAGGCGUGAGCAAAAGAAGUUGGAAAAGAAGCAAAUGAAAAUGAAACAAAUCAAAGUGAAAGCCAUGUAAAGCCAUCCCAGAGAUUUGAGUUCUGAUGCCACCUGUAAGCUCUGAAUUCACAGGAAACAUGAAAAAUGCCAGUCCAUUUCUCAACCUUAAAUUUCAGACAGUCUUGGGCAACUGAGAAAUCCUUAUUUCAUCAUCUACUCUGUUUGGGGUUUGGGGUUUUACAGAGAUUGAAGAUACCUGGAAAGGGCUCUGUUUCAAGAAUUUUUUUUUCCAGAUAAUCAAAUUAUUUUGAUUAUUUUAUAAAAGGAAUGAUCUAUGAAAUCUGUGUAGGUUUUAAAUAUUUUAAAAAUUAUAAUACAAAUCAUCAGUGCUUUUAGUACUUCAGUGUUUAAAGAAAUACCAUGAAAUUUAUAGGUAGAUAACCAGAUUGUUGCUUUUUGUUUAAACCAAGCAGUUGAAAUGGCUAUAAAGACUGACUCUAAACCAAGAUUCUGCAAAUAAUGAUUGGAAUUGCACAAUAAACAUUGCUUGAUGUUUU